CUCAAGAAUUCCCCUAAGAAACACCCUAGAUGUAUGUGCCUUACACCUUCCGGAGGCAUGGAACUGCCCAUACAAAGUCUGGCAUACUAGGUAUUCGGACUAUGUACCGGACGCUAACCUGCUUAGAUCAUCAUACCUAGGGGAGCUAUUAACUAGGCUAGGUACCUAGGUACCUUUUAGGUAAUUCGCACUGCUAGCACUUAACCAGGUAACUACCAACUACCUGGUAAGCAGGACAGUUUCCAAAAACUUUAAAAGUCGUUCUCUUUUAACAAACAGCAUUUUCCAUAUGACACAUCACCUAUUCCCUACCAAAUCUUGCCACCCGACUAGUGACAAAAAAAUUAUUACGAUAUCUGCAAGCUGUCUUGACGUUAGGUACCUAGGUAGUUACUUGGUAUCUCGAUAAUGUCUAGUCAGAGAGAAGCGAGCAUCUCACUCAAUCACGCUCCCGACGGAGUUGGCUAUAAACUCUUGGAGCUACCCCCCGAGCUACUCGCACUACUAGAAUCGGACACGCCUCCUGUCCUAACCUUAGAAUCUUCGACGAAUUCGGCCGUGUUGAAAAAUGGUACUCGAUCAUGGGGCCUCCGUCAGAAGAAUACGUCGAAUGCUUUGAUCUUACUUAAAACUUCUGAGGGAGCAUCAACGUCUUCUUCAGAGGUGCCAGAGCUAAGUUUAGAUGCUAUUUCGACAAUUCACGACACGAUAGAGCUUGUGCCAGACCUGGCUGCUGCUGCUGCACCCAUCGCAAGGGGUAAAUGGCAUGAGAAAUUUGCCCGGGGAAGGUAGAUUUAUAAGAACAAAUCAAAUACCUCCUACUUCCUACCUACCUACCUAGAGGUACCUAGAACUAUCAGAAGUCACAUGGCCUAUAUUAAUUAAUUAUAUGAGGUACUUAAACAAAAGCCUACAUAUACGCAGUACCUAUUCCCCGAUUUUGAAUCAACUCAGGUGCAGCAUGACCUUUUGUCAUACCAUCAUCUGAUCCCGGGUCCCUGUCGGAGGUAGUAUUUUUCUAGAACAUAUCAAUCCUAGCUCUAGCUCCCGAAGCGAGCCGGGAGUUCGUCUUAGUCUCCCAGGAAUGGCAUUUAAGACAUAGUAAGGUAUAGCUACAUAGUAUAUAUAUAUAUAUUUUUUCUAAUCAUCUAGCGAUUGGUUAUGUCGAAGGAUAAGUGAUCUACAAUCUUGCAGGAUGAACCAUGUUACAUAG